AUGCUCAUGCUGGCCUGCGACGAUGGCGACGUUAUUAUAUAUCGAACCCGAGAGAUCCACCGAGCGUUGGAACGGCGCACCAACGUGCAGGAGCCUGCUGACGAGGACGGUGUCCAUAUAACGAUAAUCGCAUUUGCGCUCGCUUCCGAUAACGGAUUGGAAGUCUCAGACCACGAUACCAAGCUUGGUUUCCCACACAGCAGAAGAGAGAACAACGUCUUUACCCUUCAGGCGACGAACAAUGUUCCCGCAGUAUCAUUCUACGGUGACUCCGGUCGCUGGCUUUUGAGCAGCUGCAUUGAUGGCAAGACAUCGAUGUGGGACUUGUACACCAAGCAGGAGGUGGCUACAUUCCAGUUAGGCUGGUGCGCAAGCGCAAGCAAUCUCUCGAAGCCGCCUCGUUACAUAUCUCACAGGUUCCUGUGCGACUGUCCGGGCGCGCAAAAUGUUCUCCACGGAGCCUGGGGUACUAUAGCGUUGGACACGCGAUCCGCAUACGAGUUACCGUUGGACGAAGACUGCGACUUCAUAGAUGUCUCCGACCAGAAGAAACGUUUCAAAGUUUCCGAAACCACCUCUCAUCAAUAUCAUCCCGACACAGACGACGAAGAGGACAGUACAGAUGACGAAGAAAUCGAAGCAGUCAGCGAAGCGACCGAGACAGACAACGACGAAGAAGAUAUUGAUUCGAAUCACCAGCUUCUCGGGAUGACCUUUGAGGAGUUGGCUCAAUCUUUUGGCAUAAGUGAGACGCUGUUGUCUUCCAUUCGACCCGGAACAUUGCGCAGCCCUAACAGAGCGCCGUAUCGCCUGACUGAUGACUUGAGGCCUAUCGCAGAACAGAUGGGUGGCCCAUUCUUAAUCUUCACCAAAGAGGACGUAUUCCUCAUCCAAGGCCUUUCCGCAACAUCACUCAAUGUGCCUCUCAAGCCCAUCGUCGCGAUAAGACGACCGCUACAUCCAGGCCGAUGGGUAGACUACCUCAUGUCUUGCGACCGACACUGCUUCUUCUCCCAGAUACCCGAGCUGGGCGUCUUCAUAGUCGGUUCUCCGGCGGGCCGUGUCGGCGUCUUCAGUCUGUACUAUACUAGAGACGAGAACACUGGGGAGCCGCGGUAUGGCUUUGAACUUGAAUACCUUCUGCCGUUUCGGUCAGGCAAUGAGACGGAGAUAGCGGGAGGGCCGAAUGAACGGCUGCUUGGUGUGGCUGUAGCGCCUUUACAAGGCAUGUUUGACACUUCAGAAGAUAUCGAAGUACCGGAUCAAGAAGGGUUCACUAAGCCUCGCCGAUGGCGCUUAUUGAUGUACUAUAUGGAUCAUACUGUAUUGAGCUUUGAGUUAUCGAAGCGGACGGUGGGUGAGUCGCCAAGCUUGGAUGACAUGGUCGUUUAG